CGUGCGUGUGUACGAAGUACUCCUAAGCGGACACGCUGCAGUCGAUGUCUGGCCCGCUCAAACGGUGCUCUGCAAAGAAAUUACUGAAACCCCGCGUACGCUACUACAAUGAGGCCUACUCCGGGGGUCCACUUAAAGGAGACAAGGUGGUCGUCGCCAUGUCCGGUGGAGUCGAUUCUUCGGUCGCUGCGAGACUCCUAGCAGAGCAGGACUACGACCUAUCUGCUGUUUUCAUGCGAAACUGGGAUACACGAGACGAGUCGGGGACAGACAUUGGCUGUCAGUGGGAAAAGGACUGGGAGGACGUUCAGCGCGUUUGUCGCAUGCUCGACAUACCCUGUAGAAUGGUCGACCUACACCGUCAAUACUGGACCCAAGUAUUUGAACCAUCACUGAAUAGUUGGGAGUCUGGUUCAACGCCAAAUCCUGACGUUUGGUGCAAUAGAGAGAUAAAAUUUGGCGCCCUCCUACGGCACUUGGUCCAAGAUUCACAGGCGUUGUGGAUGGCAACGGGUCAUUACGCCCGAAAGGACUGGCAAGAACAUAAUGACACUCUUCUGCAUCGACCUAGAUUACUCCGUGCGCGCGACUUGUCAAAGGAUCAGACUUAUUAUUUGUCGUCGAUGCCAGAGAGCAGCCUAACUCGCGCGCUCUUUCCUCUUGGCGAAAUGCAAAAGAAAGAGGUCAGGAAGCUUGCCUCAAAUUGUGGUUUGCCGACCGCCGUCAAAGAAGAGAGCAUGGGAGUCUGCUUUGUUGGGGAGAAGCGGAAAUUCAACGAGUUCUUAUCACGUUAUAUACCCCCAAAUCCUGGUCCUAUCAUAGACAUGACCAAUUCUCAGCAAAUCGCUACACAUCAUGGUCUGUGGAAUUACACUAUCGGCCAAGGUGCCAAGAUACGUGGAUGUAGAACACGCAUGUUUGUGGCGAAAAAGGAUCCGGAGACAAAUACAGUUUUCGUGGUCCCAGGGUCGCACCAUCCAGCACUGCACGUUAAUACUAUCCAUGUAUCAGAUUUUGACUGGAUAUGGACGGACAGCCCGCCCAAAGGACUGCAGCAACCUUCCGGGAUGACGGCACAAGUCAAGUAUCGACAUUGCAUGGAAAGCGAAGACUGCGUUGUACACGGGGAUGAGAAUGGAUUGCGGAUAACAUUGGGCGCUCCGCAGAAGGGUAUCGCUCCAGGUCAGGUAGCAGUCCUAUAUCUUCACGAUUGGUGUCUUGGUUGUGGGGUUAUCCAUGGAGCAGAAUUCAAGGAAUGAUGCAACUGCGAUAUUAGUGUUUUUUCGAAUAUGAGCAUGUUU